UGUGAUCUCAUACGGAGGUUCAGACAUUCAUGAGCUGAGCUGGCAACAGUUUUCCACAUGGUGAUGAACAGCAAUUACGGUAAUAUGAUGGCCUUUUAAUUGUUAUUGUGGAUAAUCAAAUAACAAAUUUUGAUGUGUAUUUUACAACGUUUACUUAGCUAGUUUCCCGACGAAUGUAUUCAUCAUUAUUUCUAGCAAGCUGUUUGAACAUUUUCUCGUUAGCUAACGUUACAGUAGCUAGCUAGGAUGACGUUAACGUUACUUCACUUGAAAAGUUUUGUCACCAAAACGUCUGCAAUUAAUAUGUACAUAAUGUAUGUAUCUAUAUCGUUUUUAAGCUUUUGUGUGGGUUUUGUUGUUAGCUAGCUAGCACUGUUAGCUAGCCAGCUAUGAAUGAUUGGCGGUCACAUGGCUAAACGGAAAUAAUGCAUCACAGCCACUGGUCACAGCGCGCAUUUCUGGAAGAUGUCCCGCCAAACUGGAAUGUCGUUUGGAUUUAACAAUGGUUAACCCAUUAAAUUAACUGAAUAUUUACAUUCAACGAAUUCUUGUAAGUUUGUUUUGUGUUGUUAGGUAGGCUUUGCUUGCUACAUAGUUAAUAUACUUUGCAUAAUAUGAAGGACAUGGUGGUGAAGUGAUGGAUAAAACCACUGUUUCUAGGCUAUUAACUUGUUUGUGAGUUUACUGUUUCUGGUCAAAAUUUGUGGUAGCUACUAAUCCUCAUAUUUCCAGAAGUUGGACCAUCGUUACAACACAUCUGUGAAACAUGAUGAUGAAGGAGAUUGCAGCAGUGGUGUUUUUCCUGAAAAAGCUGUUCAAGAAGGUGGAAAAGUUGGAUACCCAGAAAGUGGACUUGUUUGUGGAGCGGUUGACUGUUGCACUGCAGGAGAAGUUCAGAGGGCAUUGGUAUCCUGACAACCCCAGCAAAGGACAGGCCUUCAGGUAAUUAGCUAUGGAUCAGAUGCCUGUCUGUGGCCUUGCUCUCACUCCCCCUAUCUUGACGACCAUAUCAGUAGUUUUAUCAACCUCUAGUCUUGGGCAUCAUGCCCUAUGAAGAAUAGGGUGUAUUUUGGAUAUGCAGUGAUUUGUAUGAUUGGAGUUAUCGAAGGUCUGUGUUGCAUACUCUAUUACUUUGCAGGUGUAUUCGGGUGAACAGGUUGCAGAGGGAGGAUCCAGAGCUGUUGCGGGCCUGCCAGGAGAGUGGGGUUCAGUACAAGGACCUUGGCCUGCCCCGAGAACUCACCCUGUGGGUGGAUCCAGGGGAGGUGUGUUGCAGGUCAGUCUUAUUUAAAAGCAUUGGAUUGGUGUAUGCAUUGGCUGGAGGGAGUUGAAUCCAUGACGAGGAGUGUGCAAGUGCUCACUUUGGGAGAUGGGCAGUCACAGGGUUCACACUCUGAAAUUCAAGUACUGGAAUACCUUAAAUCUGACAUUUUCUCAAGUUGAUACUUAAAAAGUACUUGAAUUAAAAUGAGAGGAGAACAGAAAAUUAUAAAAUAUGUUAAUAUGAAAAAUAUUUGUUUAAUGUAUUGGUCUUAAGAAUACAUUUCCAGGCAGUUUUUUUUUUCCCCUCGUGUUGCGCACUCAGGUUGCCAGGCGAGCUCGCUCAUUCCACUUACACUGCCUUUCAGCCAGGCAGGUACAGAACUGACUGAUGAGGCGCCGGCAAACGUCACAAUGACACUAAAAUGCCGGGCAAAUGUAGGUUAAAUCCUGCCUGGCAGGAUAUUGAUGUUUAUGAAUGAGUGUUGCCAGACCCAACCAACCCACAUCAUGCAAGGUGUACAAAAUGUGUCAAAGACUUGACAUUGCGAGCAUGGGUGAAUCUGCCCUGAAGAGCCACAUGAAGGGGGAAGACACAAAGCUGCACCCUGGGAUGGCACCAGUUCUACUUUGUGACUUUUUCUCUGCAACAACCUCCAGAGCUUCAGCAGCAACAGCUCAACCAGACCAACAGGUAAAGAAACGUUUCAAACAUUAAGUAGUUCUCUGUAUAGCCACAUUUGAGUGAUGAAAAGGGCUAGCUAGCCUACUAGCUAAUGUUAGCAAGCUAGAGUUUACCAGCUAGCUUAAGCUAGAUAGAUAGUUAGAACUCUUAGCUAAGGGAACUGAAGCUGGAGUAUUAAAUGAUUUCUAGAUAGCUAUAGCACUUUAUCUAUGCCUCCUUCAAGGCAGUUGAUCUGGGUUAGUGAGUGUGUUGAAUGAUUUGGGCGAAAUUAUGCUAGCCAGCAAACGUUAGCCAACUUGGCUAAAAUAGCGAGCUAACUAACAUUGAGUAGUCAGCUUGCUAACAUUUGGCUAGCUAGUUAGCUUGCAAACUCGAACUCUGUACAUGUCUGGAUACAGAAGAGUAAAUUUUUCCAUCAAAGCCAGUCAAGAUCUGCUGAGUUAUGAACUUGGCAUCAUUUUUCAGCACCGUUGUUGAAAGUAGUUUCUACAGCUGCACCUAAUGGCAAGCUAUAACGUUACACAUGUAAUACAUUUCUCUUUAAACCAUGGUUUUAAUUACCGUCAUUGUUCUAUUUGUUUGUUUAUGUUUGGUUUGUCUGUUCAAUGGUAAUAUAGCCAAAGGCAUUGGUUUGAAGGGGAAAUAAAAAUACAUGCAGUAUGUAGCAUAUGCUAUGGGUUUAAGGGUUGAAAAUUAAAUGUAAGAGGUAGUUGCAUAUACACUGAGUGUACAGAACAUUUUAAGGACACCUUCCUAAUAUUGAGUUGUACUACCAUAGCCCGUUCAAAGGCACUUGCAUAAUUUCUUGCCCAUUCACCCUCUGAAUGGCACACACAGAACUCUGUCUCAAUUGUUUCAAGGCUUAAAAAUCCUUUGUCUCCUCCCCUUCAUCUACACAUAUUUGAAGUGGAUUUGACAAGUGACAUCAAUAAGGGAUCAUAGCUUUCACUUGGAUUCACCUGGUCAGUCUGUCAUAGAAAGAGGUGUCCUUAAUGUUUUGUGCACUCAGUGUAAAUGUCGAAGGGAUAGUACAUUACAAAUACAACCUAACAUGAGCAGAAUUGUAUUGCUUUCAGGUUCCUCUACCCAAGUUAUUUUCUAACCUCUCUUCAUGGGUCCGAAACAAUGAUUCAUGGCGCGCAGAGAUCCUAUGGACAAUGACGCGUCUCCCACUACAAAAGUGCAUGAGGACAAUGCCACAAUUUCCCCCUGGAUGUUUCCUGACAGUGCUAAUGCCAAGUCAUAUGCCCGUGGGGAAAAGAAGACUGCCUACGUGAUCAAUCAUGGUCUUGCACCUUACUUUCGGCACCACCUCCUGGACAAGUUACAGAACAACGACGGUUAUGUGCUGCUUUUUGACAAAUUGCUGAAAAAAACCACUUCAGCUCAAGCAAAUGGAUGUCCACUUAAGGUUUGUAGACCCCACAACCAACAAGGUUACCACUCUCACUACCUGGACUCAUCCUUUAUGGGACAUGGCACAGCUAAGGACUGUCUUUCUCACUUCAGAGUUGACAGAUCAACUUAACAUGUCUCACCUCCUACAAAUUUAAAUGGAUGGACCAAAUGUUAACCACAAGUUUUACAGAAUUCAUAUCUAAUGUCUUUGCAGAAGCCACAGACAGAGCUAAUUGACAUUGGAACAUGUUCCUUGCACAGUGUCCACAAUGCAUUUCGAAAUGCAUUUGACUUCAUAGACUGGGACAUAGAGGGCACAUUAAAUGCUUUCUAUAGACUGAUGAAUGACGUCCCUGCAAGACGGGAUGAUUUUGUGACAAUCACAGGCUCCUCAGUUUUCCCUACAGUUUUGUGGACAUCACUGGGUAGAAAACAUAGCGGUUGCAACUAGAGCCUUAGAGGUUUUGCCAAACCUAAUAACAUUUGUACAAGCAGUCGAAAGCGACAAAUCCUACAGAACACCGACAUGCAUUACAUUCACAACUGUAAAGGAAGCGAUGGCAGACAAACUUCUCCCACUGGGUUCGCACAAGGUGCUUAAAGUACUUUCAUUUGGCACUCUGAAAUUCAAGUACUGGAAUACAUUGACAAUCAGGCAUUUUCUCAAGUUGGUACUUGAAUUAAAAUGAGAGGAGAACAGAUAAUGAUCAAAUGUUUAUGAAAAAUAUUAGAAUAAAUGUAUUGGUCUUGUGAAUUAAUUUCCGGGCAGACUACAGAGUUUUAUUUCCUCACCUGUUUUGCGCUGCGGUUGCUAGGCGAGCUCGCUAAUUCCACCCACACUGCCACUCAGCCAGGCAGGUACAGAACUGACUGUUUAGGCACCGCCAAACAUAAUAAUAAUAAUAAUAAUAAUAUGCCAUUUAGCAGACGCUUUUAUCCAAAGCGACUUACAGUCAUGCGUGCAUACAUUUUUGUGUGUGGGAUGGUCCCGGGGAUCGAACCCACUACCUUGGAGUUACAAGCGCCGUGCUCUACCAGCUGAGCUACAGAGGACCACAACAUCACAUCGAUAGCUAAAAUGCCUGGCAAAUGUUGUUUCAAUCCUGUCUUUUGUGCAUAUGGAAAAUAUCUGGGUUAUUUUAUUUCAGCUCAUGAAACAUGGGACCAACACUUUACAUGUUGCGUUUUUUAUAUUUUGUUUCAGUAUAGUUUAUCCACCUUUUUUUUACUACUACAUCACUGCACCCAACCAACCCACACCGUACCGUGUAAGGUGCAAAAAAUGAGUCAGAAUUUGGCAUUGCAAGCAUUGGUGAAUCGGCCCUGAAGAGCCACAUGAAGGGGGAAAGACACAACGCUGCAUCCUGCGCUGGCGCCAGUUCUACAUGUGACCUUUUUUCUCUGCAACAACAUCUAGAGCUUUUUUCCCCAAUCGCCUCAUUCAUGGGGCACCUGCGAUAUUCCGUUUUAUCAAGUGGCAGCCAUGCUCCUGUUGUUCACGUUCUGUUUUCCUAACACAGCCCUUCCGACCGUUGACACUAAAGCUGCCAGUCGGAAGCAGGAUGCUUUUUCGUAGCUAUUAAGUAGUAGAUUCCCAAAUGCCCAAUAAAAACAGUCAUUUAUAAGCUGGAAUUGUGUAGUAAUGCGAAUAGGAAAUGUGUGUUCACCAGUAGGCAUGUCCCAAAACUCUGUUCAUCACUACUCAAAUUACAAAAUCAUCGGUACUGACUUACAUGAGAGGUAUGUAGUGAAACAACAUAUUAUUGAGUAGAACUUGUACGGUAGGGAUGAAUACUAAGUUAUUUUUUCCCCCAUGAGGCUACUGCCAUCUGGUGGCGACCUAGAAACAAUUGCAUAAGUGAACUAUUACAAAUUGAUGGUCCUUGAAAAUAAAUAUUAGAGCUUGAAAAAGUGCUUAAGUCCUUGAAUUUGACUUGACACUGGCUGUAGCAACACAUUCAAGGGUACCUUCAAAGCUACCAAACAGACAGUCCCAUUCCUGACAGCAGACUGGGCAGACCUAUUGACUAAUGUCAUGAGCAGAGUCCUGAAGAAGAGGUGACACACAUUAGACUCCCUGAAAUACACUGUGACUGAGGAUUAGGCCAUGGGGCCCCUCCAAAGUUGACUCUGAGUUUUCAACAUGUAAGAUGCUUAAACAAGCGGCUAGCAAAGUGAGUGUGAGGAGGAUUUUUGAGUUUCAGAGUGACAUAAAGAAGUGCCUCCAGUUGUUGAGGUUGAUGCUUAAAACCCCAAUCAUGUCCAGUUUUGUGACAAUGCUGCUUGUCUCAUCCCACAACGGAUGACAAGGAAUCCUGAAGCAAAUUUGUGAGCGCAAAUUCAAACGUCUUCUCACAAACUUAGUUGACCUGAAGCGUUUUCCUGAGGCAUGAUGUGACGAUGCCCAGAGGCAGUUGAAGUGCUUCAUACAACAGGUGGUGUUGACAUCACUGUCUGUUCAGCGAGUAUGAUCCGCAGAGAACUAAUCUGGACAUCUUUCUUUUUAGAGCGUCUGAAGGGUAAGGAGAACAACCGAGACCUGUGGCCAGUAACUCAAAUUGUCCUUGUGCUUUCCUACGGAUAGGCCUCGGCAGUCAGCUCCGCUCUCACUGUUGUCAACAAAAAGGAGCAGUCCUACACAGCACAGAGACUAAAGAAAGUCAACAUAACGCCACCAAUGAUAUCUUCCUGCAAAUCAGCCAGAAAUAUCAAGACUACCUAGAUGUAGGACCACAGGAGGGCAGAGAAAAGAAAAGCGAGACAACAAAGACCUGAAAGAGAAGAGACGCCUCGAAAAGGACAUGAAACUUGCUAAAAUAAAUGGAAAGGGUAGGCAGAGACCACCCCAAAGUCCAGAGAAUGCAUAAUCAAGUUCAACAGUUUCCAAAGAUAAAAAGGAUGAGCUUACUGGACCGUUGUGAACACUCACUCACUCAAUGAGUACAUUUUGGUCUGUAACCUAAAAUUAAAAGUAUUUCCCACUCAGUUUUAUUGUUGUCAUUGAGUACGUUUUAAACGAUCAUGUUGAUCUCAUUGCAUUGACUGUCCUGAUCUUUAAUCCAUAGCUACAUUUUAUGAAUUUGAUUUCUCCAGCAACAGGUUGUUGUGGCUUCAAAAAUUAUUGCUGCUAUGGUUUGACAAUAAAAUUUGUCACAUAUCAAUUAGACAAUGUUACAUAGCAUGAACACAAUUGCAUAGUCACCACACUACUUAGUAGCUAUUAAAUAGUAGAUUCCCAAAUGCCCAAUAGUAAUGCAAUAGUCAUUAAGCUGGAAUUAUGUAGUAAUGCGAAUAGGAAAUGUUUGUUAACCAGUACGUGUCCCAAAACUGCUCAUCUCUACUCAAAUUACAACAUCACUACUGACUUACCACUCAUGUAGUGAAACACAACUGGUGAUAAAUAUUUUUUAUGAGCUUGUGGCUAUAUACAGCCGUCUGGUGGCGACUAGAAACAAUUUCAUAAUAGGAACUGUUACAAAUUUGAUGGUCCUUGAAAAAUAAAUAUUAGUGCUUGAAAAAGUACUUAAGUCCUUGAAUUUGACUUGCCACUGUCUAUACAAAACCUGAGUCAUUUUGCAGCCUUGGUGGUUCCAAUGUUUACCUCUGUAGCUACACCAUUCAUGUUAAAUCCCUCUCUGGGUCACCAGUCGAGUCACUAAAUUGUUGAUAUACAUUCAGUGACAAAGCAUUGUCUUGUUGGCUUCUUUUCCUCUCGCGCAGGUAUGGAGAGAAAAACAUUGCUUUCACUGUUGCCAGUUUCUCUGGUGAUGAUGAGGAUGACAAAGAGGAUGUGACUAAGAAGGUGACCAGCGCUGUCGAGAGGGUGACGUCUGACUACCACUCUUGUUCCUCCUCAGAUGAGGAUAGUGGCCUCAGGGAAACCCGUCCUCCCCUUACCUUCCCUCAAAAUCGCCACAAAUACCAGGUACAACAAGUAAUGAACAUAGAGGUUGUGUUGCAACAAUUUAGUGUUACAUACAGUCUUGUCUGAAUACCUCCUUGGUCAGCUCUGACAAUGGGGGAAAUAUAAUUGAAAUUGACCCAUGUUUUAUUGUUCAAAGAUGAUCUACCCAGCUGCUCCUUUGUGGCGUCCUCCAGUGCCCAAGCAGAAGAAGAUGUGGCCAGGUAAAGGAUAUAAUGGACCUCCACGUCCUCCUCACUAUGACUUCAGAACCCAAGGUAGACCCACCCAGCCCUUCAGACACAACGACUGGGCCCCGUCUGGCCACAGAAGGGGGCAUGGAUACGGAUACUGGGGUGGCACUCCAGGCCUGGCUCACUGUUAGGGACCACUGUAGAAAGUGUUAAUGUUAGGAUUAGCCUGUUCCAGGUUCCCUGAGCUGUGAAAGGGUGACCACUAGAGCAAGCAAUAUAGUUCUUGUUGGAGGGGAAUGAGGGAGCAAACUAAAUUCACUAACAUGACUGACCAUAUUUUUAAAAACUAUUUUAGUAGUUUAAUAGUCACUCUGGAAACUCUUGAAUUUGUUUUAUUUUUUUGUGAUAAGAACAUUAACUCUUUGCACUUUAGAUAAUUUGUAAUCGUGUGAGUAAAGGAAUCUACAGUUGUAAUGGAGAAGGAAUAUUGGAAUUUGAUGUAUUUUAUAGCUAUGAAGAUAUAUGUACUGUAUUUAUAUUUGAUGGGAAAAUUGUAUGUUACCUACUGUACUGUCCAUCAAUUGUUCCAAUGAGAAUUUGUUUUAUUUAUUCACAGUGUACUCAUAUUAUGAAUUGUGCCAACCACUUAAAUUAUGAGACAUUAAAC